AGGAGAACAUCUGUCUGACUGCAGCAGGAGAACAUCUGUCUGACUGAGCAGGAGAACAUCUGUCUGACUGAGCAGGAGAACAUCUGUCUGACUGUAGCAGGAGAACAUCUGUCUGACUGGAGCAGGAGAACAUCUGUCUGACUGUAGCAGGAGAACAUCUGUCUGACUGCAGCAGGAGAACAUCUGUCUGACUGUAGCUGGAGAACAUCUGUCUGACUGGAGCAGGAGAACAUCUGUCUGACUGUAGCAGGAGAACAUCUGUCUGACUGAGCAGGAGAACAUCUGUCUGACUGCAGCAGGAGAACAUCUGUCUGACUGUAGCAGGAGAACAUCUGUCUGACUGAGCAGGAGAACAUCUGUCUGACUGUAGCAGGAGAACAUCUGUCUGACUGCAGCAGGAGAACAUCUGUCUGACUGUAGCAGGAGAACAUCUGUCUGACUGAGCAGGAGAACAUCUGUCUGACUGAGCAGGAGAACAUCUGUCUGACUGAGCAGGAGAGGGGAUGACAUUAACACAUAUUGUAGAAACUCAGUCUUUUUGUGAAACAUUUUUGAAUAUAAUGUUUUUACAGUGCAGGGCGAACGAGUCAGAGAGGGAGGGGUGAUGACAUCAGCAGAGGGGAGAGAGGGGGGGAGAGGAGGACAACAGCAUCUUUCAUCAGAGAGAGAGGAGAGAGAGAGGACGAAUGAGAGGAGAGCGAGACGGAGAAAAGAUAAAGGAGAAGAAGACAACUGAUGCUGAUUGGAACACAGGUUGGAGGGCGGAGCCAUGAUGGGGAAGGAUUACAUGUUGGCCAUUAUCAUAGUGAACUAUGACGACAACAUCUGGACCGACCAGAACCUGCUGCUGGACCCAGACCUGCCCUCCGGCUGGAGAACCAUCAAAGACUCCACAGGAACCUACUACUGGCACGUUCCCACCGGCGCCACCCAGUGGCAACACCCCAGCCUCACUGGAAAGCCCCCGACCCCGGACCUACAGGUUAGAACCCCCCCCCCCCACUGUGUUAGCUUAGCUGAGCAAGCUCAGGUUAGCUCAUGUCCUCUUCUGUGGUACACAUCUUUUUCUUUCAGGUCGUCAUGGCGACUUGAAGAUCACCUGACCAACCACGAUGAUUCACAGUGUUUUGCGGUGCGUUCUCUGGGCUGGCUGCAGGUGGAGGAGGAGGACAUGUCUCCAGGUCGCAGCAGUCUCGCUGUCAGUAAUGUCAUCCAGCAGCUGUCUCACUGCACUCCCGCUCCCGAGCAGAGAGACCGGCUGGGAGCCUGGGGGGAGGGGCGGGAGAUGAAGCUGGUUCUGAAGAAAGACACCCUGACGCUAUUGGACCCUUUGGACCACACACCCCUCCAUUGUCAGCCAAUCAUUGACAUCCGUGUCUGGGGGGUGGGCUGCAACAACGGCAGGGACAGGGACUUUGCCUUCGUGGCGGGAGAUAAGGACACGUGUGUCCUCAAGUGUCACGUGUUCCGCUGCGACGCUCCGGCCAAGGCCAUCGCCACCGCUCUGCACCAGCUGUGCUCCAAGAUGAUGUCAGAGAAGACGCUGAUGAGGACGUCUCGCUCUCUUACCAUGGACAGUAUCUCACCUGAGGAUCUGCCCAGACAAGUUGAGUUUCUAGAGGCCGUGCAGCAGCAGGUCCAGAAGUUUGAUGUCCAGUACAUCGGGAACCUGCCGGUGUCCAGAGCCAUGGGCAUGGAGGUGUUGAACCGGGCGAUCGAGAGCAUCAUGACCUCCACAGAGAGAGAGGACUGGGAGCCGACGGUGAUCCACGUCACUGACAACGUCCUGUCGCUGUGGGGGGGCGAGGAGGGGGAGGAGCCAGUCUGGGAGUGUCAAGUUCGCUUCCUCACUUUUCUGGGCGUCGGCCAUGACAGCCACACCUUUGCUGUGAUCGCUGAGGGCGGCACGCAGCGGUUCGAGUGUCACGUGUUCUGGUGUGAACCGGACGCAGGACUCGUCUCAGAGGCCGUCCAGGCCGCGUGUAUGGUCCAGUAUCAGAAGUGUCUGGUGGCUCAGACUCCUCCUCCGAGGUCUAAGUCGUGGCGUGCGAACCCAUCGAAGGUCAAACGGGCCAACUCCAUGGACGGCGCCGCCUUUCCUCCCCUCACGUCCCGACCCCACAGCAGCUCCACCAUGAGGACGGCGAGGACACCGAAGGGCCGCGGCGGCGUGAGGACGGGGAUGACCGCGUUCCUCCAAACCUUUCGACACCGACAGACCGCCAUGUUCUAAAGACGGGGGCGCCACAUCAGAAGAGGUGUGUCUCCGGUCCGCCGUGACACCAGAUCACCUGAAGUCAUGGCUCUGGUGGUCACCUGACCGACUCGGAUCAGUCUCCUCGUCUCCGGGGAUUGGACCUGAACCGGACGUGUCUGAACUCGUCUCACAGCCGGAGCAUCAGGUGACCAGGACGUGGAUCAGACCAGGAAACAUCCCCACGACAUCACGUGAUCAGAGCUCCACUCAGGAUCAUGUGACCUUCAUUAAACCUAUGAGACAGCAGCUGUGUCUGAAAUCACUAAACUGUUUGGAUGUUUUUUGACAUUUUUUAUCCCUAUAUAGUGCACUCAUUUCCCAUAAUGCAUCAUUAAAAAUAGUUUACGACCAAUAGUCUGUAACAGACCAUUAUGCAUUGCACUGGUGGGCGACAGGAACAGCCCCACCUGUCGUAUAAAUGUAAAUAUGAUGUGUUCCCUUCAUGAAAAUAAUAAACAGAUAAAAUAUUCAAA